UAAGGAGUUUAAUUGAUUAUAAAGAUGGAGAGCUAGCGAGUUGGAACCUAACUAACCUUAAAUUGUCCGCCAAGACUUGAAUCAAUACAAACGCACAUCCCAUUUGUGCUGAUUUCUAAGCAAAGUAUCAAUCACAACCCUACUGGAUGAACACAUAGUCGCACACGCACUCAUUCAAUCAUACCGUGGCACUAAUUAAAAGGUGCCGAAUCCGAUGAUCAUCGUCGAUUGGAUGAACGGAUUUACAUUUGCUUCGUUUCCAGUUUCCCCAGUGAUAUGAUUGGCUCCAAUUUCUUCUUGGUACCAACAACCGCCACCACCACCUGCCACCCCCGGUUGAUUAAUAAAAGUCAUACUACUACUUACCUGUACCAAACGCUGUCGUUUUGUUUCCCCGCCACAUCCUUAUUUGCUUCUCCUCGACGGCCAUGAUCAUCUCCCUUAAACCCCUCUUUGGAUCUCAGCCGCAGAUCCUCCUCCUCCUCCACCACCACCACCGUCGAAACUACUCUCCUUCCCUCCCUCGCUCUCUUUUCUCCGUCCGUCAUGGACCCCGCCACCUCUCGACCCGCCGUCGUCAUUGACAAUGGAACCGGUUAUACCAAGAUGGGUUUUGCUGGAAAUGUUGAACCCUGUUUUAUAACUCCAACAGUUGUGGCCGUGAACGAUUCCUUCGUGAACCAAUCCCGGAGUACUGGUGGCUCCACCAAGAGCAAUAAUUGGCUGGCUCAAUACAGUGCCGGGGUGAUGGCGGAUCUUGAUUUUUGUAUAGGAGAUGAUGCGUUAGCUAGAUCUAAGUCGAAUUCCGUUUACAACCUUUCUUAUCCAAUUAAGCAUGGCCAAGUUGAUAACUGGGACGCAAUGGAAAGAUUUUGGCAGCAGUGUAUCUUCAAUUACUUGAGAUGUGAUCCUGAGGAUCAUUACUUUUUGUUGACUGAAAGUCCAUUGACCGCCCCGGAGAGCCGUGAGUAUACCGGGGAGAUUAUGUUUGAGACCUUUAAUGUUCCUGGUCUUUAUAUUGCUGUCCAGCCUGUACUAGCUUUGGCUGCUGGUUACACCACAUCCAAGUGUGAGAUGACAGGGGUUGUUGUGGAUGUUGGUGAUGGGGCUACUCAUGUCGUCCCUGUGGCCGAGGGUUAUGUAAUAGGGAGUAGCAUCAAAUCAAUUCCUGUCUCGGGAAGGGAUGUUACUCUCUUCAUUCAGCAGCUAAUGCGGGAAAGGGGGGAGCAUGUUCCGCCUGAGGACUCUCUUGAAGUAGCACGAAAAGUGAAGGAAAUGUAUUGCUACACUUGUUCAGAUGUAGUGAAGGAGUUUAAUAAGCAUGACAAAGAACCAUCUAAGUACAUCAAACAAUGGAGAGGCACCAAGCCAAAGACAGGGGCACCAUACACAUGUGAUGUUGGUUAUGAGCGAUUUCUUGGUCCAGAGGUAUUUUUCAAUCCGGAGAUUAACGGUAGUGACUUUACAACUCCUUUACCAGAGGUCAUAGACAAAUGUAUUCAGUCUGCUCCAAUAGACACGAGACGAGCUUUGUACAAGAAUAUUGUUUUAUCUGGAGGAUCAACAAUGUUCAAGGACUUCAAUAGACGGUUGCAACGGGAUCUAAAGAAAAUUGUUGAUGCACGACUGCUUUCAUCCGAGGCGCGUCUUGGUGGAGAAGUGAAAGUGAGUAUUUUGUGUUAUGUCAUUAUUUUCGUUCUCUAAAAAUCGAUUUCCUUAUGAAUGGAUUGACUUUUGUGCUCUUUUUGUAACAGGCGCAACCAAUAGAAGUAAAUGUUGUCAGCCAUCCAAUCCAGAGAUAUGCAGUUUGGUUUGGGGGCUCAGUACUUGCAUCUACACCUGAAUUUUUUGCAGUAUGUAUAGCCACUUUAGGGUCUCGUGUAGGAAUUUGAUUAGUUUUAUCUAUAGAUACUUAUUCUCUCUGAUUGGCAAUACCUGUUCCUAGCUAGAUUGUUAUGUCUGUGGCAUGAUAAUUAUUAGCCUAGAUUCUUUCAUUGUGCCUAGUUUUAAAUCAAAGACAUGUUUAUUGCUCCUGAAUAUCCUUGAAUCAUGCGAAGGCCUUAGACAUGCCUGCUUUUGCAAAGUUCAACCUCCUUUUGGGUGCUUGAAAGGUUACUGGGAAUCAGUAAUGUUUGCUUGGAGGAGAUGCAGUCUGUUGGUGUUUAGGGUAUCCAUGUCAGUGACUUUUUUUGGGUCGGUAUAGAAGAAUAGAUGUAUGUCACGAUGGAGUUAAACAAAAAAUCGAAUGUACUUCUUGAUCUGUAUAAGAUGUAUGCGAUAACAGAUCCACUCUAAGAUAUAAUGCAGUCACAUGUAGAUUCCAUUAUUCACUGGUAUUAAAUGCAUAUGGAUCUUGUUUUACUAGUAUAAUUACUCACCAAGUUUUUUUUUUUUCCCCCCCUCUAUUUAAAAGGCUUGCCAUACAAAGGCAGAGUAUGAGGAGUAUGGUGCUAGCAUAUGCCGUACGAACCCUGUAUUCAAGGGGAUGUAUUAAAAUGAGGAUGCUUCAUUGCUUAGAGAGGUAUUGCUGCUGGCGCUAGCAAUUGCAGAAACCUGCGGUCCUGACAACUGGAAGUAUGAAGGGUCACUGAUUUCCACAGAUCUUUAUUGAAUUUACUUCUGGGAGUCCUCAUUGUCCAAUUGCCUAUCUGUACGAUAGAUACGAGUCAAUUGCACAAAAGAUGAGGGUUCCAUCCGGGUGUAUUCUUCUGGCGGGUGGCGCCAUUUCUUGGUACUGGUGGAGUGGAACACUGCUUUUCCGUCUACAUUGGGUUGGCUUUUUCUGGCGGCGAUUUUGCUCCAGACCAGUCGGUUAAUUUAGUCUGGUGCCAUUAACUGCGGUUGGAUUAAAGAAGCAGAUCAGCUGAGGUCAUAAAAGCAUUUUUUUUGUUGAGGGGUGAGAUAUUGUAGCGUGUGAUUUCAGUGGUUUAGAAGGAACUUCAUAGGUUCACUAUAUUAUUACAUUACAAUUUUGUUUGGUGAUACAAAUUCACAAAUAUCAUACUUGUAAAUGCAGCCUCUUUCUUAUUUGGAAAAAUAGAGUCAAACUUUUCCCCUUUAAUUUGGGAUAUAAUAGGAAUGAGAGUUAUUGCUGAAGUUUUGUUU